CCAACGUCCCGUCCGCCGCUGAAAGCACCCCUCCCAGUCCCAGCAGCCGCCUUGCUCCCCUUGUUUCCACUACGCUUUGGAUCCAUCGAUCGAUCGAGCCUUCUCCAGUUAGCCUUUCCCGCCACCUAAAAAGGCACCCCACGUCUCCAUCCAUCCAUGUGCGGCGGCGCCAUCAUCUACGACUACAUCCCGGCGCACCGCCGCCGGGUGUCCACCGCCGACUUCUGGCCCGACGCCGACCAUUCCGACGCCCACAGCGCCGCCCCCGACAAAGCGCCGCGCGCGAAGCGGGGGCGGACGAACCAGUACCGCGGCAUCCGGCAGCGGCCGUGGGGCAAGUGGGCGGCGGAGAUCCGCGACCCCGUGAAGGGCGUCCGCGUCUGGCUCGGCACCUACCCCACCGCCGAGGCCGCCGCGCGCGCCUACGACCGCGCCGCGCGCCGCAUCAGGGGCGCCAAGGCCAAGGUCAACUUCCCCAACGAGAUCCUGGUCGGCGCGCCCGCGCACGAGGCCCCGUGCACGAUGGCGGCCGUGCUCCCUUCCCCCAAGAAAGAGGAGGAGCCCGCGGCGUGCUCCUGCGAGGAGGUGAAGGCGCUCUCCGAGGAGCUGAUGGCGUACGAGAGCUACAUGAGCUUCCUCGGGGUCCCCUACAUGGAGGGCGGGUCCGCGGCCGCGACCGCCCCUGCCGCCGUCGGUGUCGCCGCCGAGGAUGCACCGGCCGAGCUAUGGAGCUUCGAGGACAGCUACUACCCGGGGCCUCUGGGGCUCUGAUUGUGUCGUGCUCGUAGUCUCCUGCCAGUCGCAGAAAACAGAGUCGAUUCGCUCUUUCCCUUGUGUUUUGUUGAAUUCAUUUUUUCUCUCUUUGUUACUGUGGUGAAUGCCUCAAUGUAAUCUCACAAAUUUUCCAUGUAAAUUUUAUCAACGGAAAGCGCUCUUCCCCGACGCA